AUGCUCGAGACUGCACCACUACUCGGACGAGACCGCGCUUCGUCUGAGGAAGGCGAGAACGGCAGCAGUGGCCCCUACAUUCUCCUUGAACCAGCAACGACAUGGAGGACCGAGACCUGGAUCAUGAUUUCCGACACAGUGCCUCUGGUCUUGACGUACCUGCUGCAGUACUUCUACAGUCUGGUUGUUGUGCUGGUGGUCGCUCACAUGGGAGAAGACGAGCUGGCCGGCGUCUCGUUGGGGGUCACGACCAUGAACAUUAUCGGCCUCGCCAUCUUCGAGGGUAUGGCCACGAGUCUGGAUACCUUGUGCGGCCAGGCUUUUGGGUCGGGCAAUCGAAAAGCCGUCGGCUUGCACGUUCAGAGGAUGGUGAUGUUGCUGCUCCUCGUUGCUUGUCCCAUUGGCUUGCUGUGGCUCUGUUCGCCGUGGAUUCUGGCAAGAAUGAUCCCACAGCCACAACUGGCCGUUGUGGGCGGGACAUUCCUGAGGACAUCUCUGGUCGGGGUCCCUGGAUACGUGGUGUUUGAAGCCGGUAAGCGGUUCCUGCAAUGCCAGGGGAACUUCACUGCGUCAUUGGCUGUGCUUUUGGUCUGUACGCCCGUUAACCUUGUCCUCAACUGGGUGCUGGUGUUCAAGCUUGAUCUGGGAGUUAUGGGAUCCGCGCUGGCAGCGGCCCUGAGCAACAAUGUCCGAGCCGUCCUCCUCAUCUUUUAUACCGCUUUCCAUCUCCCGGAAACGCAUCAGUGCUGGCCCGGGCUGCUCCCCAAGACCAUCUUUCAAAAUUGGAUGCCAAUGAUCAAGCUUGCUGUCCCUGGCGCAGUCAUGGUAGUGGGCGAAUGGUUUGCCUUUGAGCUCCUCAGCUUCAGCGCUGCCUACAUCAGGACCAGUGGCAGCGGCUCUGCAAGCUCCGCGCCUUUAGCGGCCCAGGCGAUUCUUGCAACUUGUUCAGUGCUUGUAUGGCACAUCCCGUUCUCCGGAAGCGUAGUGGCAAGUACCAGGAUUGGUCAUUUCAUAGGGAAAGGGUCAGUCCAUGCUGCCAAAGCCAUGACUCAAUUCUACGCGGCAUUCUUCUCCGGCAUCGCCCUGUUCGAUAUUAUAUUGGCCUUCGCCGUGGGCACUCUUAUCGCGCCUUUCAGCACGGCCGGCCCAUCCAGCGAGGUUCGAGAUCUUGUCCUGCAGACGCUGCCGUUGUCGCAAUCUUCCAAAUCUCCGACGCGGCUGUCUGUGGCGUUGACGGCAUCAUGCGUGGACUGGGUCGUCAAGCCAUUGGCGGCUGGGCUACAUUUCUCGUCAACUACUCCCUCGGAGUUCCUUUGGCAUUGGUGCUCUCCCUUGGUCCUCCGAUGCUUGGGUUGGUAG